GAUCGCGGAUACGCGUUACUUUUUCAGAUCUGCGACAGAUCGUCGAGAUAUCGCUAGAAUCGCACACUGUCGCUGUAAUCGAUUAUCGUACUUCACUAUUCACUUGUCACGUGUCUUCGUGUAUCGAUGCGCGGCGUAACGAAUUUUUCCUGGCCAGCCUAUCGCUCGUGCCAAAAACGUUUUUGGAGUCGGUUUCCGGAUCGUUCGAAAUGAUUCACGAGUGUUAAUCAACGUGUACGAUGCGUUCGCGAUCUCGUACGUGGUGAACACUUUGAUUCGUAGCAUGACAGUGACAAACAACGAUUGUGUCGAAGUAAUCGAAGAAAUUGGCGAAUCAUAGACGGUUCGCGAGUGCUUUGAAAAAUUUGUUUGGCAAAAGUUAAACAGCACAAGGUCGAUCAACGUCGAACGUGGUUACGAUGCGUUGCGAGAAACGAUUCACGAUCCACUGGCGUCCGCGCCACGGGUAACUGUCAACCGUGGGAUUUCACGUGUCUCGGGCGCGCUGUUCGGGCGACAGAGACGUUCUCUCGAUGGGAAAUCCAAUGAUCGUGCACGAGAGAUCUAUGAACGGGUGCAAAGUAUCGGAGAAAGGAUCGGAAGGAGCUCAAUACCAAGAGAAUCAUAUCGGAAUACGAAGGGGACCUCGAACGCGCGACACGUGCGACUUCGAAUUAGAAAAAGUAAACACGCGUUCGGCCAGGUGGCGCGGAAUGUCGUUGCUAUAUCGAUGUGCGGACUCCCGCGCGCAGGAUUCAAGCAGAAAAGCAAGUAAAACCUUGGCAAACGAUGCUCACCGAAAAGAAGCGAACGACGCAUCGGUGCAUUGGCAUUCGUUUUUAAGACCUACGUUUUAGCAAAUCCCGAGGAAAUGUGAAACGCGCGAAGAAAUAAAGUUUCAUAAAGCCGCGGUGAAUACACCUAAAGGAAACUAUAAAAAUGAACCAAAAAAGUAGAAAAGGGCAAACAAAAGAGAAGCAGGAAAGAGAAGAUAAAGGUGUGUAAACGAUGAGGAAAGGGAGGAAGGUGGAAGCACGUCUAGCGAUUCGCGACAGAAAACGAACUUUGGGGUUUCGUAGCGCUCUCGCUGCUUGUUGUUGCUGGCGUGAUUCAAAUUUAAAGCGAUGUUUACCCUCCGAUCUAUGCGCAGCACACCCCACAACGCAACUAAUGCGAGCUACAUGGUUGCGUGCAUGGAUUUCGAGAUCCUCUAUGACUUUAUUCUAUAUAUGCUUCUUAGAUAAUAAUUGAGAGGCUGGAACGAUAGAUGGUGUAAAUAUUAAAAAGAUGACGUCGAUUCUCUCAACGUCAUUCGAUCUAUUAAGAAUAUGGUAACACCGUCGUAAAAUGUAAAAUAAAAUAAAAUUUAAUAUAAGCUACAUUAAUCGAAUGGUGUAACGUGUAAUAUUGAAAAUAGAAAUUUGACAAUUAUAAGAAUAUCUAUGAAAUCUUUGCGAAACGAUAUGUUUGAAUUUGCUUUGAUACGUCACACACGAAAAUCGUAUUUUCUCAUCUUACAGUAGAAACCUACGAACGAGAGAUCGAAGUACGUAGAAUUGACAAACUUUUUAAAACGACAAGCUUCGAUUUUCUCUUCCCUACGAUUACUAACGAUUGUUACCAAUGUUACCUUCUACCCUAAUCAAAAUAUGAUUACCUAUUUCUAUUUCGUUUCCAUUACACCGUUUUAAUCGUAGUUACUCGUGUAAUAUUUAAAUCCAAAUUGGAUACCUGUUGGUCAAGCGUUGAUCUCGAUGUAUAAUUUUUACCUACUACGAUCAAUGCACAUUAGGAAAACGAAACGUUCGCUCCUAUGAGAUUCUACUUUCAAAGAAAAACAACUUCCGAAUUCUUCCAAACAAAUAAAAAGAAAGAGAAAAGA